CGUUCUCAAGUCUUCAUAAAGUUCACCAAGCCUCCGCUUUCUCAAUGACUACGAUGAGUGGAAAGCUCAAUGGAUCUGACUAUCUUGAUCUCAACUCCGUCGUACGGUUGUACCCGCCAAACUUGACAGAAGGUCGCAACGUGAUAUCGAUGCAUCCUUCGAUUGUAUUGCUUUUUGGAUGGAUGGAUGCUCAUCCGGCGCAUCUCAUAAAAUAUGUCGAAGGACUGCAGUCUACGUUCCCUACCUCCCAUGUAAUCCUCAUAAGAUCUACAAGCGGGUUCUACUUCACUUCACAGAAGCAGCUGGAGAGACUCCUGAUCCCUGUAGUCGAUAUAAUUCAGACAGAGGCCAAAAAUGGGGCGAUUUUCAGAGGUAUUCUGGUUCAUGUUCUUUCCAAUGGCGGUGGCUUUCAAUUCAUGACACUCAGGAAGGUCCUGCGCAAGAUGCCUGUCAGCCAGGAUCCAACCGUGCAUUGCAGCGAAACCCCAACCGCGCUUGUGCUUGAUUCGACACCAGGUGACAAUGGUUUGGAAUCCUCCAUCACCUCCAUGGCCCCGUCGAACCCUAUCCUGCACCUUCUUGCAGUACCACCCAUUGCCGCGCUCUAUUCCAUCUUUUAUAUGAUGAACAGCCUUCGUGGCAACUCACCAAUUUUCCAAGAACUUCGAACCACGCUGAACUCGCCUGAUCUUCUACCUUCCAUCACCUCCCCUCUCAAUCCCAAAGAGACGCCUCGUCUCUAUGUCUAUUCUGAACGCGAUUCGAUCACGGCCGCUCCCAAGGUGGCAGCGCAUAUUCAAGAGUCUGUGCUCAAAGGAUUCGACGUCGAUGUUGAGAAGUUCUUGGACACACAACAUAUUUCGCACGCACGCAGGGAUCCGAAGAGAUAUUGGGGAUCAGUUCAGAGACUUUGGGCCAAGGCGGUUGCUGCAGCCGCAGGCUCAUCGAUGCGACCAUCACUUUGACCAAAUCGAAUGUAUUACAUCUCAUUUAGAUGCGUAAUAUGCACCCGUAUACCAUACGUUGACAGUAGCAUUACUGUUUCUAUGUAUGAGCUCACUUAGCCAAAUAACAACAGUUGCGACCUCA